AUGGAUCACUCGAUGCACAUGGAUCACGGUGGAAUGGAUCAUGGCGGCAUGGACCAUGGCGAUAUGGAUAUGGGACAAUGCAGCAUGAAUAUGAUCUUUACUUGGUCCUCGAAGAAUCUGUGCAUCAUUUUCCGCCAGUGGCGCAUCACCGGGCCCGUCUCUUUUAUUCUUUCUCUUAUACUUAUCGUUCUCCUCACGGCUGGUUACGAAGGGGUUCGACACGCAACCCGCAAAUACGAGGCACGCCACAACCAGAGAUUGAAUGCGAUUGCAGUAUCGACAAAUACAGGUGGAGGGAGGGACAGUAGAAGUGCGCUUGCACGCCGAGGGAAGCUCGUUCUGGCCGCGCUGUAUGCCGUCCAAGUCUUCUACAGCUUUUUCAUCAUGCUUUUAUUCAUGACGUACAAUGGAAUGGUCAUGCUCGCGGUUGCUGUCGGUGCAUUCGUGGGACACCUGAUUUUUGCCGAGGAUGCUCCAGCAACCAAGUCUAUCGCCUGCCACUGA